AUGAGAAGAUGUGGUCCAACACUAGCUUUGACUAUCUUCGUCGCUUACGCUCCAACAUCAAGCUACGAAGAAGAGGAAGUCGAAGCUCUCUAUAUGGACCUGGAGAAGUUCUACCGAGAAGAUCAUGCCUUCUACAAGGUCAUAAUUGGCGAUUUCAACGCUGAGGUUUGCACAAGAAGAACGCCAGAGGAACUUCACAUCGGGACCCACGGCCUACAAUGGAAUGACCAGGGGGAGAGGCUCUCCGAGUUCAUCAUGACGACUAAGACCAUCCAUGGGAACUCGCAAUUCCAGAAGCCCUCCUCUCUACGCUGA